AUGAAUCUCCUCCACUCCGCCCUCGACAAAGUCCGCGACCGAUAUGCGCCCAUCAGACACACUUCCACCUUCCGAUCCACCGGUCAAAUCACGCCUGAAGAAUUCCUCCAAGCAGGCGACUAUCUCGUCUACAAGUUCCCCUCGUGGUCAUGGUCCGACGCGUCUAGCCCCGCUCGGCGCGUCAACUACCUCCCUGCGGGCAAGCAAUUCCUCAUCACCCGCGGCGUCCCCUGCCACAGAAGACUAGACGACAACUUUGCCGGCGGGAACGGUGCGGCCGAUGACCUAGUCCGCGAUGGCUUCCUCGGCGGUCCUGACGAUGAGACUGCAGGCGACGACGAAGGAUGGUUGCGCACAGGCGGCACGACCGAGAAAGAACAGGAAGGUCUAAGAGGGGAAGUCCGCACUAUGAGUGAAUCAGGCCAACUCGGCAAGAAAGCCAGCGAGGAGGAAGAUGAAGAAGAAAUUCCAGACAUGGAGGACGAGGAUGACGAUAAUGAGGCUAUCAUUCGCGACAAGAGCGAGAAUACUUCCGCACCGUUAAGGACAUACACCCUCUACAUAACAUACACACCUUACUACCGCACACCCAGAAUGUAUCUGUCAGGCUACCAAUCUGCCUCAGAACCCCUCCCUCCACAACUCAUGAUGGAAGACAUAGUAGGCGACUACAAGGACAAAACCGUCACACUCGAAGAUUUUCCCUUCUUCGACACGUCGGUCAAAAUGGCCAGCAUUCACCCCUGCAAACACGCCAGUGUCAUGAAGAUCCUUCUUGAUCGCGCCGACGCUGCCCUCAAACUCCGUCUACAAAAACAGAAUCCCGGAAAUGCUCAGGUGACAGGGAUGGAAGGGCUCAUCGACGACACCACCAACCUUAAACUAAAUGAAGAGAGGAGAGGACACGAAGCAGGCGUCAAGGCUGCGACUGGUGGUGCCGGCGGCGAUGAGUGGGAAGUUCUGGACGAGCAGGAUACGGAUAAAGAUGAAGGCGAGAAAGUCGCGAUCAGAGUUGAUCAGUAUCUCGUUGUAUUUUUGAAGUUCAUGGCGAGUGUGACGCCGGGCAUUGAGCAUGAUUUCACGAUGGGCGUGUAA